AUGCAAGUUGAACCUGUAUUCCUGCUUGUGUCAACCUUGUUCCUUGUCACAUGUGCCAAUUUAACGAAUGGCGGGAAGUCAGAGCUUGUAAAAUCUGGAGGCACCAAAUCUACCCUAAAGCACAUCUGGACAGAAAGCAGCAAAGACUUGUCCAUCAGCCGGCUUCUCUCACAGACUUUUCGUGGCAAAGACAAUGGUACAGACUUGGACCUGCGCUAUGACACCCCAGAACCUUAUUCGGAGCAAGAUCUCUGGGACUGGCUGAGGAACUCCACGGAUAUUCAGGAGCCUCGGCCCAGAGCCAAGCGACGGCCCAUUGUCAAGACAGGAAAGUUUAAGAAAAUGUUUGGCUGGGGUGAUUUUCAUUCCAACAUCAAAACUGUGAAGCUCAAUCUGUUGAUAACUGGGAAAAUCGUUGACCAUGGUAAUGGGACCUUCAGCGUGUACUUCCGGCACAAUUCCACUGGGCAAGGCAACGUAUCUGUGAGCUUGGUGCCCCCAACCAAGAUCGUGGAAUUCGACUUGGCCCAGCAGACGGUGAUCGAUGCCAAAGAUUCCAAGUCCUUUAACUGCCGGAUCGAGUAUGAAAAGGUUGACAAGGCGACCAAGAACACGCUCUGUAACUAUGACCCUUCCAAAACCUGUUAUCAGGAGCAGACGCAGAGCCACGUGUCCUGGCUAUGCUCUAAGCCCUUUAAGGUCAUCUGUAUUUACAUUUCCUUUUAUAGUACCGAUUACAAACUAGUACAGAAGGUGUGUCCUGACUACAACUAUCACAGUGACACGCCCUACUUCCCUUCAGGUUGA